AUGCCGACCAGGAGUUCGAAGCAGCUUGGUCAUCUUGUUGCCAAGCAGGAGCUUCAGAACGAGCUUGCAUGCUGUCGUGGUACUGUCUUCCGCUGCCACGGCGAGCUAUGGGCCGACCUCUGGAUGACCCACGCUGGCCACGAGGGCCCCCUCGCCUAUGAGUCUGGCCUCGACCCUGUUCCUGGUGAUAAGUGCCCUCGCGUCGGCGCUGAUCUUCGAAUUCGUCCUGGCUCUGGAGCAUACCAGCCAGCCGAUCUCGAGGGUUGCCUCCAGACAUACCUCUCGAUUACUGCCCUCGGUUAUUCUUAG